ACCGAAAUCGAAAUGGUCGACAAAGAUUGGUGGUUGGGAUCGAACGCCCAAGGGGAAAGAGGACUUUUUCCUAGUAACUAUGUUGAGCUCCUUGAAGAUGGUCGUCAGAGCCGCGCCGAGUCCGAUACCCGGCCUGCUGAUGCCCAUGAAUCUGAGGCACUAGCCGAUCCUACUCCAACCUCAGGCUCUCACGUUAAGCCCACUGCCAAGGCUCUUUAUGAUUAUGAGGCGGCCGAGGAUAAUGAACUCAGCUUUCCUGAGGGGGCUGAAAUCAUAAACAUUGAAUUCCCCGAUGAUGACUGGUGGCUAGGUGAAUUCCGUGGCAAAACAGGGCUUUUUCCGGCGAACUAUGUCCAGCUUGAUGAUUAGGAGGAAUCAUAUGGAACGGCCUCCCAGGGCACUCAAACUGUUGCUGCGCAUAUUGGCCCAUUCUUUUUAUAUUGGGCAACUUGUACAGUUUUUU